UCUUUUUCCUGACUAGAGAAACACACAGUGUGAAAAACAGACGAUCAGAUUCACCUUCAGACCAAACUAACAACUUCCUCUGACUGAGUUCAGCUACAGGAGAGAAAAGUGGAAAACUACAACACUGCUGCUUCAACCUGCUGACGCUCCACACACUGAAGCUUCAGAGACAAAAUGGCUUCCAGAUCAGAGGAGGAUCUCUGCUGUCCGGUCUGUCAGGAGGUCUUCAGAGAUCCUGUUGUUCUGUCAUGUAGCCACAGCUUCUGUAAAGUCUGUCUGAAGAGCUGGUGGAGAGAAAAACAAGCACCUGAGUGUCCAGUUUGUAAGAGAAGAUCUUCAAAGGAUGAUCCACCUCGUAACCUGGUGUUAAAGAACCUGUGUGAGGCCUUCUUACAGGAGAGAGAUCAGAGAGCUUCAGAGGCUCUCUGCAGUCUGCACUCUGAGAAACUCAAACUCUUCUGUCUGGACCAUCAGCAGCCAGUGUGUCUCGUCUGCAGAGAUUCAGAAAAACACAGCAACCACAGAUUCAGACCCGUCGAUGAAGCUGCACGACAACACAAGAAGGAACUUCAGGAAACUCUGGAGCCCUUAAAGGAGAAGUUAAAGGUUUGUGAACAAGUUAAAGUGAAGUUUGAUCAAACAGCAGAACACAUGAAGGUCCAGGCCCGACACACAGAGAGGCAGAUUAAGGAGCAGUUUAAGAAGCUUCAGCAGUUUCUAGAGGAGGAAGAGGUGACCAGGUUGGUGGCACUAUGGGAGGAAGAGGAGCAGAAGAGUCAGAUGAUGAAGGAGAAGAUGGAGGCUCUGAGCAGAGAGAUAGCAGCUCUUUCAGACACAGUCAGAGCCACAGAGGAGGAGCUGAGAGCUGAAGACGUCUCAUUCCUGCUCAACUACAAGGCUGCAGUGGAAAGAGUCCAGCAGCGCCCCCUGCUGGAUGAUCCACAGCUGCCCUCAGGAGCUCUGAUAGACCAGGCCAAACACCUGGGCAACCUGACCUUCAACAUCUGGAACAAGAUGAAGGACAUGGUCUCCUACACUCCUCUCAUUCUGGACCCAAACACUGCUCAUCCAGAACUCAUCCUGUCUGAAGAUCUGACCAGUGUGAGACUCGGAGAGAGACAGCAGCUUCCUGACAAUCCAGAGAGGUUUGAUUAUUAUUACUGCGCUGUCCUGGGCUCUGAGGGCUUUAACUCAGGAACUCACAGCUGGGAUGUCGAGGUUGGAGACAGUACAGUCUGGGAACUGGGUGUGUUAGCAGAGUCUGUCCUGAGGAAGGAAUACAUAGAGUCUGGAUUCUUGAGAAUAGGGUUCUAUGAAGAUAAAUACUCAGCAUGGUCUCCACCAGCUCCACCCACUGAUUUCAGAGUGCAGAAGAAGCUCCAGAGGAUCAGAGUGAAUCUGGACUGGAACAGAGGAAAGCUGUCGUUCUCUGAUCCUGAUACUAACACACACAUACACACCUUCACACACACUUUCACUGAGAGGCUGUUUCCAUUGAUUGACACUGGAGAUGAAGUGAAGCUGUCAGCAGUGAAGGUCUGUGUGACAGUGGAACAGAGCAGUUAGAGAUAAAGAGGAUGAUUAUAUUCAUGAUGUAUUAAUGUUUUAUUAUAUGUUAUAUUUUAUUCCUGUCAACAUCCAAGGCGUAAUGAUGAAUGGGAAACUGUGAAAAGCAAACAAAUAUGGCCGCCUUAAAUGGAUAGUGAGGGAUUGUAAUGAAGUACACUUUUUGUUAAAUUCAGGGAAUAUUUCCUCACGCUUCACUCACUCUCUGUUUUGUGUGUGCUCUGAAAAACACAGCCUGGCUCUGUAAAUGGAAAACAAAUGUUUCAGGCAAGGUGUGGACCUGACCUGAAACUAUGUUCCAGCCAAUCAGCAACAGUUAGUGUUUGUGCACAGGAGUGAUGAGGGGUGGGGGAAGAGAGAGUUCUAUACACCGGCAUAUUCUAACAUGCUGUACCCCAGGCUGUGAAGAAGGAGAGCGUUGAAGAUUUUUUAUUUAGCCGUGAUGUCUUCUGUUAUGUACCUCGCUUGAUUAGGAUUAUGUUUAAGAUGUUUAUUAGAAUAAUGUUUAAGGUGUUUAUUGAAAGAUACAGUGGAGUUUAGAGUCCAGUCUUGUUGCUCUCAGGCUGCAGCCUUCAUAUUUUGCAAAAGCACACAGCCGGCCAGUCAGGCAGUCUUGCAAAUAGGCUGGAGGGGAAGUUAGGGUGACCACCGUGAUUCAAAAUUAAUUACACAGCUGAACGAGACACACAAGGCCUUGUUGAAUUCUCACAUAAAGUUGACAGCACCUGGAGCCAGGCUCGAUGAUAGUAAACCAAGAUUUAAAACCCUGUCUAAGGAGGGCCCGAUAAGUGUAGAAGACUAGAUUUAUGAAUACAAAAGGGGACCUUGCGAGAAGGCUGCAGCUCUGAAGGUCAACAUGUUAUACAGCACAAGAACUUGGAAUACAUGUGUUAAUGUUGACUGUGUCAUGCAUAUACAAUGUUCUGCUUAUAUCAAGAUGAUCAUUUAUUUCUGAUGUCUUAUUUCUUUAGAAGUGUUGUAGGGUAGAAUACACUAAUGUUUUAAUAUUGAACAUGUGUGGAGGUGGAGGUGGGUCUGAUCCUAAAACCCACAAGAGGAGGAGCGAAACAGGAAAUAUCAGUCAAUGCAAUGCAGAGUUUGAGGAGUUCUCAACUCAGAUACACAUGUGUUUGUUGUAUUUGUUGAUUUGCUUGAAAUUAUCACUAAACUUGAGUUAAUUUGAACUUUACUGGAGUCAUUGUCUCAUUGAAGAUUACUAUCAUUACAACUAAAGGACCUCAAUUCAUCUAAGUCUAAGUUACAGAAUCAGAAUCAGAAGGAGCUUUAUUGCCAAGUAGUGUUUUACACAUACAAGGAAUUUGCUUUGGUGAUGAGGUGCUACAUGUAGAUAAACAUACAGCCGACAUAAAUAGAAGUAAAAAUAUAUAAAUAUGGAAUAAACAAAUGCAGGUUAUAGAAGAAUAAUAGAAGAAUUGAGAAAAAUAAUACAACUAUUUGCAUAGAAAGAACAAUGUGGCAGAUAUUUACAUGUGCAUUACACUGGGUUUGUGUUGUGCAGACGUAUUGAUACGGAAGAGGAUGUUGUGUGCAUAAAUAUAUAAAUUGACAAUUAAAAAAACUAAAAAAAACUACAACGAUUACAGUUACAUUAAAGAGUAUAAAGUGUGAGAGUGAGGCCCCGUUAGGCCUCUGGCCCGGUCUGAGGGUUUUCCCUCCCACAAGAGAUAGCUGAGAAACAGCCAGAGAGGAAAAGGUCUGAAGAGUAGAAACGGCCUCCUCUGCAGACCUAUCUGCCAUUUCAUGUCCUUUGAUACCCAUAAAGACCUGACUGUGAGACCCAUCAUCUGAACUCUGCAUAAUGUUUGUUGUACUUUCUGUCUGAAUGACUGCUCUGUAAACUGGCUGCUGAUGAACUUGAGUCUGAACAAAUGAUCUCAGUGGUGUUAUUUCCUUUAUCCACUGCUCUGCUAAUAAACUUGUGAGCAUUACUGUGUAAA